GUGAAGUACGAAGAGAGGUCGACGAUAAGAUUCAUUAUAGUAGCACGCGAAAAAAAAAAUAAAGAAUAAUAUAAAAGUAUGUUUGAAAGAGAGAAGAAAAUACGUGGUCCAUCGGUAAAGAGUGACGUCCCUGAGGGAGGAAAUAGGUGAGAAAGGGGCCGAGCACGACGCCAUGUCGAUGUUCACCCUCUAGUUCGUUCUCGUUACAGCCCUUGUCUAAAAGUCCAACUCGAGUCGGAAAAAAAAGGUUCUAAAAAAAAGGGGGAAAAAAAUAAUCGAAAAGCUAGCGCAGUGUGGGAAAGCUCGAAGACAAAUCUUUAAAUUAGAUUAUCGAAAUCACUGGCGAAAUUACUCUUGCACGAAGCAUUGGGCUAUGAAUGAAGACCCAACCUUUUCAUCUCGAGGUUUUGGCAGUUUUGCUAUUGUCAGUGAUACCCUGGCCAGGUCCAAGUGUUUUUAAAAUAUCAUGCCCCCGCGAUCGUGCCUCGGUGGUGAGGAGGAUAGUUCACAAGAGAUGGAUACCUAUCCUGAAAAAAUAUCAGGUAGAGCUACCCUUAGAAUGUCCCUUUCACGAAAGUCGAGACAUUUUUCGACCUCAACAACGAGCAAAGCAUCAGCACAGACCGUCGCAAUGGACCUGCGGCCUCUGCGGCAAAUCAUUUUACGCGGAGAAACAUCUCGACGCGCAUUUCGAUAACAGACACAAAAGUAACGUUAAUACGGCGGAAGAUGCCGUGUGCCUUGCCGACUACUGCGACAUUAUGAGAUGCGAAGUAUUGGGAAAUCGUGAUUUUGAAAGUUCAAUGGACGACGAGGACGACGAUGGGGGUCAUCUCAAUACUGAUAUACAAGUGUGGAAGGAGAAUACGGAGCAACGCAGUACGUCGGUGGUUCCGUGUUCGCGAGAUGUAGCAAGGAAUAACUAUCGUUCUUCCUCUUCAUCUUCCACGGAUAAAUCCUGCGCACUUGCAGCUACGAAAAACGAUUUACAACGUUCGUAUUGUCGACGUGCCGACGCUGACGUCCUGAAAAAUCAUCGUCUAGCCGAUUCCUCUUCUUCUUAUCGUCGCAACGAGAUAGCUGGUCCUGAAAAUAACAGUGACGCUUGUGAUAAUGACGAUGAAGACGAGGAAGACGGCGACGAUGAUGAUGAUGAUGAACAGGACGAUGAAAAUAACGAGGAUGACGACGAGGAUGAGGAAGAUGAUGAGGCAAAUCUGGUAGAAUCUGCCCUACCUGCCGUUGAUAAAAAACAAAGACGCAGAGGGAUACAUCUUAGGAAACUGAAAUCCAAUUGCAAGCCCGAGGAACUCCAAAAACUCAAGUUACAAUGUGAAAUACUCGUCCGCGAUUGUAUCGCAGGACUUCUCGCAAAUCUUUCGGUUCGAGACUUUCAAGAAAUCGAAGGUGAACUGAACCGGGCUAUCUGUUGGUAUCUUAGUUGCGAUAGAUAUUGGGAAGAUACUAAACGACAACAACGGCAGACACCAUGGUAUCUGCUCGCUACGUUUAUGGCUCUUUUCUGUACGUCGAUUUAUGCCUGCUAUUACGUCAUCUGGGUUCUCUUCAAUACCGGAGACGAAGAUAGGUUUGACAAUUCGGGAAGUUACAACGAUGGAAGUCUUACGGGUACGUCAUCGUUACACGAUCAGGGUGGUCAUGGCGAGGGUAGAUCGAUAGAUAGAAGAAAAAUGGAUGGUGAAGACGAUAAUCUAGCAUCUACGAACGAAGAGAUGCCAGAUCAUUACAUAUACGUCGCAUAUCCCCCAGAAUUGAAACGUCGUCUCUUAGAAAGCUGCUACAACAGGACUACCAGACUAUGAGACCGAAACGAAAGAGGACGAUCGUUUCAUAUCCAUCUUGAACACGACUGCACUACGAAUGAAGGCACUCUUUUCUCUUUCUCUCUCUCUCUCUCUCUCUCUUAAUCUUUCUCUCUAUUUCUCUUUGUCUUCGUGUUUUGUAUACCAAAUCUAUUCGAAUAAAUUGCAACGUAAGACAGGAAUCUUCUAUCGUAGAAACAACAACAAAAAAAACGACCGUAAGAAAAGAGUUUUAAGAAGAAGAAGAAAAAAGAAUAAAAAAAUAGGCUUUAAAAUUGUUUUCGUUUAAUUGUACAAGUUAAAUCAUCUAUCUACUAUUUGUUAAAAUGAAAGAAAGAAAGAAAAAGUAAUGGGAAGAAAAAAAAAA